AAAAAUGGCGGCUGCAAUGAGCGAUUUUGAGCCGUGGCUUAUUGAUAAAUUAAAAUCAUUAAAAACUGAUGAAAAUGUUUUCGGAUCAUACAUAACAGGCAUUUUGGAAAGUGACGAAACUGCCGAUGAAAAAAAAGAUGCCUUGGAAGGCUUACUGGCUGAGAUUGUGGAUAAUGAUACGAGUACACACGUAACUGAAAUAUUAGAUAAAUGGGAGGCAAGCAAACCAAAGGGAGAAGCUCCUAAGCCGACUAAAGAUGUCGACGCGCAGCUAGCCAAGUUGAUGGAAUCCCAAGCACCUGCGGCUACUGCAAGACGUGAAUAUACUGAUGAGGAAAAGAAAAUACGUGAUGCAAUAUUAUCGCAAUAUAGCCAGCUGUCUGAUAAUGAGCAUGAUGAGGAAAAUGUUGAAGAACCCGAAAGUGGGGAUUUAGUAAAAAAUACAAAUGCAGCGGACGUUGCAGCGGCUGCCCGCGAGCGGCGAGAGCAGGCGCGCUUAGAAGCUCAAAAGAAAAAGGAGAAAGAUAAAGAAGAUAGGGAGAAGCAAAAACAAAUGAAAGAAGAGAAAAAGGAAAAACGCAAAACACAAAAAGGGGAGAGAAAGAGAUAGCUCAGUAAAACAUCAAACAGCUAAACUUGUUUUUAAUUUUAGCACCAUUCAUAUUAUUAUUUACAAAAACAUAGAUUUUAACGUUGUUUUAAAUGAGUUGAUUUCCUAUUAAAUGAAAUAAAUUGAAUACUUUGUUGUUAAGCUUCAACAUAAUGGGUUAAAAUCAUAAGUUUCAGAGUUGAUUUACAUUUGAUUUGAUUUCAUAAUUGUUUUCUUUAUAUUUAUUGCUCAGUCAAAACUGUCAACACUUGUUUUCAACUUUUGUAUAGUAGGUACAUACCUUAAGUAUUAUAAUACUUAUUUAUCAAUAUAAAGGCCCCAUAUUAUGCUUAUAUCUUACAUUAUUACACACUGCUUGUAAUGGAAAAGUAAACAGAAAACUUCUAUAAAUUAAGUUCUAAUUUUGAGACCACAUUUUAGCAGCACAUUGUCAGCAAGGUUAAAUAAUCUCAUCAUAUUUUUAUCUGUGUUAAGAAUGUUUGUCUGUAGUGAUAAAAUUGAAUGUACCUCAAGCAUAUACUGUAAUACAUACAACAUUUUUAAACUAUUUAUUUUGACAUAUCGUUUCAAUUACUUAAUAUUUCAGAUUUGUCAAUGCCUUUUCCAAAAUGCAUUAAUAUGUUUUCAUCACAGUAUAUUUUUAGACCGAAUUUAAUCCAUAAGGAUUUUUCAGUGUCAUUUUGAGGUCCAUUUCUAAAAUAGUACUCUGUUUGAUUAUUGAUUGAAGUACCUAUUAAGUUUAAUUUUUAGUUAGACAUAUCCAUGCCUUGAAGAUCAAGAUCAAGUUAAGUGUGUUGUUUUAAAAUGUGGCACUAAUAUAAGUAUUCACUUCAGUUUAGAAAGUAUUUUUCAUAUACAGUUCAAUGUUAAACAGCAUUACAAAUUGAAAAUAAGUAUUUUUAAGUCGUGCAGUUAUACAUAGGACUACUUAAUACAGCAGCAGAUGCCAAUAACUGUCCUGUUCGACCCCAUUAUUACAGCAUGGGAUGUAUGUAAUAGUAGUUAAUAAAAGCUUAAUACAAUUAGAAUUAAAAUAUUUUGUAUGUGAUAAAAA